UAUCCUUCGGUAGAAUCAGUCCUUUCCUAUUCGUCGGUUCGUUCGGUCGUUCGUUCGGUCGUUCGUUCGGUGUUCGUGCUCCCAGUGAAUCAGUUCGCUUUCCUUAUCCCAAAUAGGCAGCGGCCGUAGAGCUGUGUGCAGUUUAGCAGCCUAUUUACUGUACUAACAUCAACCCGCUGUCUGCUGGUGAGAAACAAAGUUUCUUAAUUUCGUUUGGGCUUUGUUAUUAAUUAAAAAACCGCUGCUGUGGAAAGGAUGUUGCCGUCGGAGUUAAGGCCCUAGUGUUUGUGGUGGCUGUCUAGCCUGUGUGAAAUGAAAAAUCUAAAUAAAUGCUAGUGUUAACAAAGCGGAAAUUGAACGGUGUAAUGCUUCAUAUAUGUCCCCGGAAAGUGUUCGACGGUGCAAUCGUGUAGCAUUUCUGCGUGUGUUUUUAUCAACAUGUAUUUUAAAUCGUGCAUUAGCCGAAAGAUAGUGAUUGGAUUUAUUUGUUUUCUGGUGCAAAUUAACCAUGGGAUAAGCCAGCUGGUGAUCAACGUACAAAAUCAGGGAGGAGAGGUGGUGCAGGAGACAAUAACGUCCAGCGUGGGCGACGAUACGUGUACACUCGAGUUUCAGCGAAGUGAUGGCACUCUGGUCACCAAGCUAAUCGACUUCAGAAGUGAAGUUCAAGUGCUGAAAGCCCUGGUCCUGGGCGAGGAAGAACGUGGCCAAAGUCAGUAUCAGGUGAUGUGCUUCGUGACUAAAUUCCAGAAGGGAGAUUUCAUCACAGCCGAUGCGAUGGCCAAAUUACGACAGAAAAAUCCCAGCACCAUCCGAACGCCGGAGGAGGACCGGGGCAAGGAGAACUACACGAUGACGGGCUGGGUGCAGUUGGAUCGAGCAUCGCCCAUUUCCCGCCACAUAGCCCCACUGUGUUCAGAAGCCCCGGACUCGACGUACGCCCGGGACGUCGACCUCAAGGCGUGGGCCGAACUGCCAGGUUCAUCCAUUUCGAUCCUGGAAUCAGCGGUCAAACCGUUCCCAUCGGUGACGACCGGGAGCCCUCCCUCGCGUUGCAGUGACGUAUCGGCCAUUUGGGCUCCUUGCAUCUGCACCCUGGAGAUGUGCGUCGGUUGGUACCCCUGCGGGUUGAAAUACUGCAAGGGGAAAACGGACAGCAACCAGCUGCUGAACGGCGGUGGUGGUGGAAGUUCCAGCUACCGCUGUGGCAUUAAGACUUGCCGCAAGUGCCAUCAAUACUCGUACUACGUACGGGAAAAGCAGCAGUGCCUGUGGGAUGAAUGACCGCAAGUGGGCCACUGGGAGAAAUGCGAGCACACCAACGACAAUUAUCAUCACCACCACCACCAACACCAUCGACUACCGGAGGAGUGCCAUCGCGAAGAUGGCAACGAGAAGCCGCUGGUAACCGGACCAUGCACCGGCAGCAGUUUCCGCAAUCGAGCAACGAGGUCAUCAACAACGUCUAGAUGCGACAUUAACACUGUUAAACACAAAUCACUGGCAGCGACAGGGAUAACUUCGAGUAGUUACGAUAGAGAUAGGAACAGUUAUAGUACGAGUAAUAAUAGAACCACAACUAGCAUUAGGAGAUGGUCGGUAGCAGCGGCAACCGAAACAAUCAGUGAAUUUAGUUUUUUACUCCAUGAUUAUACGCCGGGAAUGCUCAAUCCCAGCCGACAGCGGUUUCCUUUACGGAGAACCAACGAAAGCCGGCGGGGAACAACCACAGCAGAACCAGAUCCAGUAACUCGUCUAACGGAUGUAGAAAUGUGUUUCGAGUUGAAUGAAAUUAUUUUAUAGCACAAAUA